AUGGCUCAACAAACAGAAGCAGAAUGGCGGCAGCAGCUCGAGGCAAUGCAGGCUGCCAUUGCUGGCCUAAAUCUACCAGACUCCCUUCCCGGGCCAAUCGAUUCCGACUUCGACGACGCCGAUUUCGAGGACUAUUCAUCCGGCAACGCUGGCCAGGACAUUUGGGAUUUUAUUUCCGCUGAAGACGCCGACGACUACAGCAGCGACUUCGUCGAAGCAGAUACUGAACCACCAGCCACUGGCGGCUACGACACUAUGUGGCUUUCAAGCAAAUGCGCCGCCAUUACGUCUAAGAAUGGGCUCUCAGAGGACGUCUUUGAGACCCAGAUCCUCAGCGCCAUUGGCUCUGGCAAGUCGGACGAGGAGCUGCAGAUAGAGCUGACAGACCUCAUCGGAUUCGACGAUCUUGACUUUAUCAUCGAGCUCCUUGCGAACAAAGAUGAAAUCAGCGCAUCUAGUGCGAUUGCCAUCGCGGCUGGCGGCCAAGCCACUGGCCGUCUGUUGUCCAAGGCCGAGCGCAACGAGCAGCUGCGUCGCCAAGACUUUGAGCACAAGAACGCCGCGCUCGCACCGAGCUUCUCGCGCGAGACGCAAUACCCGCACGUCUACAAGGCGUAUUCUGCCGGCAACACGCUCAGCUACGCUGGCAAGAAGUAUGGCCUCCCGGCAGGCAGCGAGCGGAAGCAGUUUGACAAGUACGAAGAGUAUUCCAUUCCCGCGGGUGCCAAGGGAAAGCUUGGUCCCGGGGAGAAGCUGAUCAAGAUUGAAGACUUGGACGGCCUCUGCCGCAACACCUUCAAGGGCUACUCGGCGCUCAAUCGCAUGCAGAGUCUCGUUUAUCCCAUUGGAUACAAGACCAGCGAGAACAUGCUCAUCUGCGCCCCUACUGGUGCGGGUAAAACUGAUGCUGCGAUGCUUACGAUCCUUCACACGAUUGGGCAGCACCUCUUCCCUAACCCCAUAGAAGACACUUCUGCUACCGAAUUUGCCGUCAAUCUGGAAGACUUCAAGAUUGUCUACGUUGCCCCCAUGAAGGCCCUUGCUGCUGAAGUCACAGAUAAGCUUGGCAAGCGUCUUGCAUGGCUCGGUAUCAAGUGCCGAGAAUACACGGGUGAUAUGCAAUUAACAAAAUCCGAAAUUAUUCAAACCCAAAUCAUAGUCACGACCCCAGAGAAGUGGGAUGUCGUUACCAGAAAGGGCACUGGAGACACUGAGUUGGUUCAAAAGGUCCGCUUGCUGAUUAUCGACGAAGUUCAUAUGCUCCAUGAUGAGCGCGGUGCUGUCUUGGAAUCGCUUGUCGCCCGUACCGAGCGCCAAGUCGAAAGUACCCAGUCGCUUAUCCGUAUCGUUGGACUGAGUGCCACCUUGCCCAACUAUAUCGACGUCGCAGACUUCCUCAGAGUCAACAAAUAUGCUGGUCUCUUCUACUUUGAUGCGUCUUUCAGACCUGUCCCUCUUGAACAGCAUUUCAUCGGCGUCAAGGGCAAAGCGGGCAGCAAGCAAUCAAAGGACAACUUGGACACUGUCGCCUUUGACAAGACCAAAGAUAUGCUCGAGGUUGAUCACCAAGUCAUGGUGUUUGUCCACUCUCGACGAGACACCAUGGUGACUGCACGUAUGCUGCACGAGAAGGCAGUCGAGUCAUUCUGCGUCGAUCUUUUUGACCCUACAGGCCGCCCCAGAUACGAGCAGGCAGUGCGAGAUAUGAAGUCUUCUCGAUCCAAAGAUAUUCGUGAGCUCUUAUCCAAGGGUAUUGGUGUUCACCAUGCUGGUAUGGCGCGAGCGGACCGAAAUUUGAUGGAGAGACUUUUUGGCGAAGGUGUGCUCAGAGUUCUCUGCUGUACCGCAACCCUCGCGUGGGGUGUCAACUUGCCAGCCGCCGCCGUUGUUAUCAAGGGCACACAGGUCUACAGUGCCCAAGAGGGUAAAUUCGUCGAUCUUGGCAUCCUUGAUGUUCUGCAAAUCUUCGGUCGCGCUGGUCGUCCUCAAUUUGAGGACACUGGUAUUGGCAUGAUUUGCACGACCCAGGAUAAGCUGCAGCACUACCUCACUGCUGUAACGGAACAACAGCCCAUCGAGUCCAAGUUUUCGGCAAAGCUGGUAGAUAAUCUCAAUGCUGAAGUCGCCCUGGGUACAGUCACAUCGAUUCCUGAUGCUGUGCAGUGGAUCGGCUACUCCUACUUGUUCGUUCGCAUGCAGCGGAGUCCCAUCACUUACGGCAUCGAAUGGGCUGAGAUUCGCGAAGACCCGACUCUCGUACAGAGACGUCGCCAACUGGCUAUCCAGGCUGCGCGCACACUACAGCAGUGCCAGAUGAUUAUCUUCAACGAGACGACGGAAGAGCUACGAAGCAAGGACAUUGGUAGAAUCGCCAGUCAAUACUACAUUCUGCAUGGCAGUAUCCAGGUCUUCAACGCCAUGAUGCGGGACCAAGCAACUGAAGCGGAUAUUCUCAAGAUGAUUAGCAUGAGUGGAGAGUUUGACAAUGUGCAGUCCCGAGACAGUGAAGCCAAAGAGCUCACCAACCUCAAAAAUGAAGUCAUCCCCUGUGAUGUGGACGGUGGCAUCGACACGCCCCAGGCAAAGACCAAUAUUCUUCUUCAGUCUUACAUUUCACGUGCACAGCCCGAGGACUUCGCUCUGUCAAAUGACAUGAACUACGUCGCCCAACAAUCUGGCCGCAUCUGCAGAGCACUCUUCAUGCUUGCGCUGAAUCGCCGUUGGGGUCAUCAGUGCUUGGUGCUUCUGACUUUGUCAAAGUCCAUUGAGAAGCGUAUAUGGCCAUUCCAGCACCCCUUGCAUCAGUUCGACCUGGCCAAGCCCAUCUUGAAUCAGCUUGACUCGAAGGAGCACCUGACGAUCGAAGCCCUGAAGGAAAUGGACUCCAACGAGAUUGGAGCACUUGUCCAUAAUCACGGCGCCGGCAAGACCAUUGCCAACAUACUCCGGAACUUCCCUACGGUUCAUGUCGAGGCUGAAAUUGCACCUCUGAACCGAGAUGUUUUGCGAAUCAAGCUCUUUGUCUUUCCCGACUUUCAGUGGAAAGACCACAUCCACGGCACGUCUGAGUCCUUCUACAUUUGGGUUGAAAACUCUGAGACAUCUGAAAUUUACCAUCAUGAAUAUUUUAUCCUCAACCGUAGGAAGCUACAUGAUGACCACGAGCUCAACUUUACGAUCCCAUUGUCUGAUCCCUUGCCGACUCAAAUCUACGUCAGAGCCGUCUCUGAUAGAUGGCUUGGGGCUGAGACGGUCACACCUGUGUCGUUCCAGCAUCUUAUUCGCCCUGAUACGGAAAGCGUUUACACAGACUUGCUAGACCUGCAGCCUCUGCCACUUUCUGCCCUCAAGAACCCGCCGCUGGAAGAACUGUACGCGAAGCGCUUCCAAUUCUUCAACCCCAUGCAGACGCAGAUCUUCCACACUCUCUACCACACAGCAGCAAACGUGCUCCUAGGCUCGCCCACCGGUUCCGGAAAGACGGUCGCCGCAGAGCUGGCCAUGUGGUGGGCGUUCCGCGAGCGUCCGGGCUCCAAGGUUGUGUACAUUGCACCGAUGAAGGCCCUCGUGCGUGAGCGUGUCAAGGAUUGGGGUGCUCGCCUUGCUGGACCACUUGGUCUGAAGCUGGUUGAGCUGACGGGCGACAACACACCGGAUACUCGCACUAUUAAGGAUGCUGACAUUAUCAUCACCACUCCAGAGAAAUGGGACGGUAUAUCUCGUUCGUGGCAGACGAGAGGCUAUGUCAGAAAGGUCAGCCUGGUCAUCAUUGAUGAGAUUCAUUUGCUUGCAGGUGAUCGUGGCCCUAUUCUGGAGAUUAUCGUUUCGCGAAUGAAUUAUAUCGCCGAGAUGACCAAGAGCGCGGUGCGGCUUCUAGGAAUGUCUACGGCAUGUGCCAAUGCUAGCGAUCUGGCCAACUGGUUGGGUGUCAAGGAGGGUCUCUUCAAUUUCAGGCACUCUGUGCGCCCAGUUCCCUUGGAACUGUAUAUUGACGGGUUCCCCGAGGUUCGAGGAUUCUGUCCACUGAUGCAGUCAAUGAACCGACCAACAUACCUCGCCAUCAAGAACCACAGCCCAGAAAAGCCCGUGAUUGUCUUUGUCGCCUCGCGUCGACAGACUCGGCUCACGGCCAAGGAUCUGAUCAACUUUUGUGGAAUGGAAGAUAACCCCCGCCGUUUCCUGCACAUGGACGAGGAGGACCUACAACUCAACCUCUCUCGUGUCAAGGAUGAUGCCUUGAAGGAGGCUAUUAACUUUGGUAUCGGACUGCAUCACGCUGGUCUUGUCGAAUCCGAUCGCCAGCUGUCGGAAGAACUUUUCCUUAACAACAAGAUCCAGAUUCUCGUUGCCACCAGUACUCUCGCGUGGGGUGUCAACCUGCCUGCCCAUCUUGUCGUCGUCAAGGGCACACAAUUCUACGAUGCAAAGAUUGAAGGCUACAGAGACAUGGACCUCACCGAUGUCCUGCAGAUGCUUGGUCGUGCGGGCCGUCCGCAAUUCGACACCUCGGGCGUGGCGCGUAUUUUUACGCAAGACGCCAAGAAGGACUUUUACAAGCACUUUUUACACACUGGCUUUCCUGUCGAGUCGUCGCUGCACACGGUGCUCGACAACCAUUUGUGCGCUGAAGUCUCGGCAGAGACCAUCUUGACCAAGCAGGAUGCGCUGGACUACCUGACGUGGACAUUCUUCUUCCGGCGUCUGCACAAGAAUCCGUCCUACUACGGACUGGAGAUCUCGGCCGAAGAGCACAACACGGUCGUCGCGCAGCAGGUGGCCAACGAAUACAUGGUGGAAAUGGUCAACAACUCGUUGGAUGAGCUCGCCAAGUCCAAGUGUGUGGAAGUCUUUCCCAAUGGCGAUGUCGACUCUACACCACUGGGCAAAAUCAUGAGCUACUAUUACCUCUCUCACAAGACGAUUCGCCAUCUGAGCCGUCACGCCAAGGCAAAUGGUACCUUUUUAGACGUGCUGUCGUGGAUGUCGCGAGCCAGCGAGUACGACGAGCUUCCUGUGCGCCACAAUGAGGACCUGAUCAACGAAACACUUUCUGACAACUUGCCGUUUCCGGGUCACUCGUUCGGCCUGCCCAUGUGGGAUCCGCAUGUGAAGGCAUUCCUGUUACUGCAAGCCCACAUGUCGCGAAUCGACUUGCCCAUUACGGAUUACGUGGGUGAUCAGACCAGUGUACUGGACCAGGCUAUUCGUAUCAUGCAGGCUUCCAUCGACGUGCUCACUGAGAUGGGACACCUGUCGAGCUGUCUGCAGAUGAUGAGCCUGCUCCAGUCGAUAAAGUGCGCUCGCUGGCCGACUGACCCACCAGUGUGUAUCCUCCCCGGCUUGGAGCCCGAGUCGAUCGGGAAGGAGUCGCUCUCUCUCAAGGAACUGAGCGCCUAUAGCCCGCAACAGGUGUCGCAGCUUGCGAAGCGGCUUCGAGUAUCCGCGCACCUGCAGCCUCGUUUUGCUAGAGCGGCAUCUAUCCUUCCCAAUGUGGAAGUUUCCAUUGAAGACAAGACAGCGCUGUCCGUCACGGUGAGCUUGAAGCGUCUAAAUGCGCUCGUGGAGCGGGAAGCGCGCAUCUAUGCGCCUAAGCUGCCGAAGCCGCAGUCGGAGGGGUGGUUUGUCAUAGUAGCCGACGCCGCCAAGGACGAAAUAGUUGCUGUCAAACGCGUGGGAUGGUCGGCGCCGGCUUCCCGAUCAGGCGGCCCGCGCAAGCUCGAGGCCAGGACAAGGCCCACGGCGCGCAGCACGAUGAAGCUGCCACAGGCGGCCGGGGCCCGGAAGCUGGACGUGAUUGUGGUCAGCGACGCCUACAUUGGACUGGAAUACCGGAUCGAGGGAGUCGAGAUUCCGGCUGCGCCAGUGGUGGACGACGAUGUUGACUCGAAGAAGGCGGCCGCUGCUGGAGGCGCGUCAGGGAGGGAAGGGGCGGAGCGAUCUAGGUAG